GGGAACAUUCCGAGUUCUCUCCCUGAGCAGCUGAGCUCAGGCCAUGGCGUUUCGUCUCGCGAGGUCAUUGGCGGCGUUAUCACCGUCACGGCCGUCGUUUUUGUCCAUCGGAAAUCGGUGGUUGGCGUCAGAUAUCGCUUCCUCUGAGUUUUCUAAUUUCGGUUGGGCUUUCGCCUUUUAUUCGUCUUCGUCCUCUUGGUGGUCGUCUCCCGAGGAUUUGACGGCGGGAUCGAAGAGGCGGGAGAAGAAGACUACUGACCGCUACUCAGCCGUGAUUGACGCAGUCCAUGACCGGAAACUCCCACCGGAGCUACGUGGGCGGCGCGAUUUCGUAAGAGUUUUUGCAAGGCAAUUCAGCUCCGAGACUAAGCGAGUCAACACCAAAGUCAAUUUCUCUCUGUCUGAUGAUGAGGAAACUCCGGUUACUGAAGAUCCUGGCAAGCCAGAGCUCCCGCCUCCUUAUGACCCUUUCAGUAAGAAACCUGCGAUUGAGGAACCAGAGGAUCCUAAAAAUCUCCAAGCAAUAUUCCACAAGAUGAAAACACAAGGUCUUACGAAUGAAGCUGUCAAAAUGUUUGAUGCGUUGUCCAAAGACGGCCUCACGCAUGAGACGCUCGAGCUCUUCUCUCAGAUCAAAGAGAAGCACCACAUGCCAGACGUGGUGGCCCAUACUGCUAUCGUUGAGGCCUAUGCUAAGGCAGGCCAGCCCAAGGAGGCUCUCAAGGUUUUCCUGCGUAUGCUCGCUUCUGGCGUUUUGCCUAAUGCUUAUACAUAUACGGUUUUGAUCAAAGGGCUUGCAGUGGAUGCCAACACGCUUAAGGAUGCGAAGAAGUACUUGUUAGAAAUGAUGGGAUAUGGCAUGAGCCCUAAUGCUGCCACUUACACGGCUGUGUUUGAAGCUUUUGUAAGAGAGGGUAAAGAGGAGUCAGCUAGAGAACUGUUGCAAGAAAUGAAGGAAAAGGGUUUUGUGCCUGAUGAGAAAGCUGUGAAAGAGUCUCUUCACUCUAAAAGAGGCCAAGUCUUUAGGACUGUCAUCAACCUUUUAUUUGAUAAAUAGUAGUAGUAGCGGUUAGUGUUUGGUAAUCGAAGAACUGGCUUUUAUCCGAUUCAUCUGAGUAUGUUGCCGAGUCUUUUCUUUUUGGAUGUUGUCACAAUUGCGCAGUAGCUUUGCUGUGAAUGAUAUGACAAUUUUUUUUUUUGUCAGAGAAAGCAUAUGCUUGUUGCUCUUGCUUUUUUUUCUUGCAUUGUGGUUCUUUAGUAAAAUUCCAGAUGCGAUUCUUCUUGUGAUACAUGUUAUUG